AAUGUCACCAGCGUGGGUAGUCUCUCUGUUCCUGUCAAGAACACAGCUGAGCGAUGAUUCAAUUGUCAGCGGCUGUGAAAUAGAUCCAGUUGUUGCUGUAUGCCCCAUUCAUCUGGAGGAGAUUUGUCGAAUAAAAAAAACGAGAUAUUAAUCUCGAGCGGAUCGUAUAUCAAACAUACGGGGAAGUAUUGCUUUAUUCCAUCUUGGACUAAUCCUUGGACGGAAUAUUCAUAUAUCUAGAUUGUACAGGUGAGUAGCCUUAUUGGUGAGAUGUUAUCUUUGGCCAGUAAUUUUUUUCCAAAAUGAUUUAAACAGUUUAACCCCAAUAAUAGAACGUGUGAGAUGUAGGAUAUGGCUAGCCUGUAGGACAGAGUGUUGAUGUAGGCUGUAGGAAUAUUUUUUGAAUUAUUGGGAGUUGAGUUUAGUCGCCUAGGGAAAAUUGUGAUUGUGAGUUUGAUAUAAUAGCAUUCUGGAUAUGGUAUAAAUGCGUCAGCUUUGGCAUUUGUAUUUAUUUGGGGAUAUCUGGUGAUUUCUGGGUAUGCACAUGUGCAUUCAGCUCCGUUGCGCAUUUAUGUUCAGCAAGCGCUGGUAGGCUAUUUAGUCGGUUUGUCAUGAACGUUCCACAAACACUAGCCUUAUUUAUUUGAGCCUACCUGGUUUUAAUUAACAUAAUAGCCUUUGCUUACCAUAUUCUGCCGUAGGCUACAAGGUCCUUCCUUAUAAUUUGUGCCUGGAUGUGUUUUGAUAGGACGCAUAAAAUCCAUUGAUUACAUUUCCUCACUUCCAUGACAACACAAAGACAUAGGUAGUGUGUCAUAUUAUAAUUGUUCACUUGCCUAUUCCUCUUGGAUCAGUGGGAUGGCAUGAAAAGUGUACUGUGUGUCACUGUCAUCCAUGUAUGGCACUUACAGUAACAUCUCACAGGGAUGCAGCUGAGUAGUUUGACAAUCGGAGCAGAAAGUGCAAAGUACCACAUAGCAGAAGUAAUUCAACCCAUGGGUUAUUACUGUUAACUAACCAAUCAAACAUGGCAAUCAUUACAGGCACACAGAAGACAAACAGUUACCAAAUCCAUAUGGAGGAGAAAUUAUGUUUUUUACUAGAUUUGUUGAUGACAACUUAUUGUGUCCACAUUAGUACAUUUAUUCAUACAUACUAAUUACAUUUUAUUUUAUAGUGUUGUGUUUUAAAGUAAUGCUUUAUAAUGGAGCUGGAGAAAUUUAUAAUGGCAUACUUCACAGCUUGUGCAGAACAGAAGUAAUCUUUUAAUAAGAUAGUGAGUAAGAUGCCACCCACCUACAUUGUGGUCACAGCUCACUGCCUGAUUGAUACAGAUGUAUGAUCUUAAUUUGAUCACUCUGUUGCAGGAGAACUUUUCAGCAAUGCAGGAAUGUAACAUUUGUAGUGUAUUUGAGGUUUAAAAAGGCUUCGGAAAUUUGUAAUUUCCGUUUAGAAAUUUCAGACUUGAUUUUCCCUUAUGAAAAUUGUAUCGACCCCUACAAAAAUGUCAAUUAAUUAUAAUCCACUUAAUAAUUCACAUUUCCUGUUGCUGCAGGAUUAUUUUCUUGCUGUAGCAAACAUGCUCAAUUUAAUAUCCUACAUCUGUAGGCUAUGUGAGUUGGCAGGGACCUCCCCUGCUGCUCCAGAGAUGACUGGCACCCCCAAUAUGAAAGCACUCCGAAACCCAGCACACCAUGGGAUUUGUGUUCGUGCCAUACGUGUGUGCCAAGUCCAGUGCUAAUACAGGAAAUAUGGGCCCAGUGAAACUACCAGUUUCACACUACCAGUCAUAUAAGUAAUGUUGGUAAAUGUCAGGUGUUAAACAAUAACCCAAGUUUAGUUUCAGUUUUGGGAAAUGAAAGGGUACAGUGUUAGGCAUUGAUUCACUCAUUCAGGGUCAGGCUGUGGGUGUUUAUGGUAGCUGCAGCUGUGAACUGCUGUCCCCUGCCUUUGUUAGGGCAAAAGGGGAUGCUUUCCAUGUGCAUGAAUAGAUAUUUGUUGGUAUUUUGCAACUGUGUGUGUGCACAUGUGUGCAUAUGUGUGUGCGUGACUAUCUGCAGGGCACUGAGUCCUCUGUUUAUUGCACCUGUAGGAAGACUGUUUUGAUGUCUGUGCGGCGGGUGUCUCCAUGGCUGUGUGGACACGUCACUCUGGGCUACGGCCUCUUUCUCCUGGUCGCCCUUCCAGACCUCACCACAGGUACCCAUCUCCCUCCCCAACCACCCACCCUAACCACCCACAAUUGCCCACCCCGGUCAUCACCUCUGCUAGGCAUCCAAGUUGCACCACCAUGCACUUGUUGAAACAGUCACCACUGCACCCGAAAGCUGUAAUCCAUUGACACUCAGCCCUCUCCCCAGACCUGCAAGACUCCUCCUCCCAGACUCCACCUGUCUUACUCCAUCCAUACUACUGUAUCUAUUAAUAAACUCUCUACCAAAAGCUUUUUCCCUCUUCAACCUGAAUCACAGAGCUUUGAGAUACAAUAACUGCAGGUUAGAUUCAACAAUAAGGUCUAACAACUGAACUGUAUGCCUCAUCCGCAGGCAGGCAAAGGAAUUGCAGCCACCCUCUGGUGCCAGAACACGGGGGCUUCCGCUGCGAGCCCUCCCCCUGCCGAGGCUUCCUCCAGAAGAGCUUGAUCUACUACUUCUGUGAGCCCGGCUACACCCUCCCAGAAGAGGUGAACAGCUCGCGCUGCCUCCACGGCAAAUGGAUCCCCAGCGUGCCCACCUGUCUGUUCACACAAGGUGAGUGUAGUGGACUGAAUCACCACAGCCGAGGGGGAGGAGGGGUAAACCUUUGCACCUAGUGUAAUGGACUAGAGCAGGGAUGGGCAACUUUGAUGGGGGUGGGGACCACAAAAAUCUGAACUCAUCAUGACCCACAUCCAUACCCACACAUGCAGUCAGAGCCCCACCUUGACAGCAAAACAUUUUAGUGGCCCCCUCUUGACAGCAGAGAGAAAACAUGGAUGUUUUAGAGUUAAUUUCUUGCAAUUCUACACAUUUUGCCAUGGGGCGGAGAUAGAAUGUUGCAGUUUUAAAGCAAGUUUGCUGCAAUUCUACAUGUUUUGCCAUGGGGCGGAGAAAAGAUUUUGCAAUUUUAGAAAAGAAAUUACACUCGUUCAUUUCCUGCAAUUCUACUCAUUUUGCCAUGGGGUGGAGAAAAAAAUUAGCCGUUUUUAAUAUGAUAUCUGAGUGAGAGUGACAGUGUGUGUGGAGUAUGUCCAUGAGUGACUGAUAUGAGAUAAGUGUUAGGUCAACUGCAGUCAGGUCAAAGGUUGCAGUGUGAUUUAAGGUAGGUCCUGUACUCAAUGACUCACCGACUUUGUAAAUGCAUUAACUCAAACACCUAACAAUUACUUUGCCUGGGCUGUAUGAAUGCAUAGAGGUUGUGGGUUGAUGAUUUAAAUGCUACAUGGCUUUCUUCCACAUAGUCAUCUCAUAAGCUGAUUAAUAGCAAUGCUAUGACCACCCUCCUUCAUUCGUCCUCUUAUUGGAUGUGGAAGAGGCAAGUGGAAGCAUGCACUCUAUCCACUCUAUACCAGUAGAUUUAAAAGCUAUAACCCUUAUGUACGCAUGACCGUUGUGCUAUAGUUUCAAUGGCCUUGAGUAUAGCCUUCAUAGGCUUUGAGUGGCGCUAGAGAGGAGCUGAGCAGUGUGUUAGGAUGGUGUGUGGCCUGCUAAGUGCUAACAUUCGAUUGUUGUCACUUUCUGGUACCAACCCCUUAGUUCCAUACGAGGUCAAUGACCUACUUGGUGAGAUGCAAAAGCCGACAGAGCAGAUUCUUAACAUGCUACAUUAGAGUCAUAGAGCCAGUCUUGCUUCCUCUUUCGGCCUGUGCUGCAUCGAGGCAGGAAACCAGCAUCAAGAAACGGAAAGUGAGCAAAGUCACCAAACUAACCAGUCUCUUUCCUCUGCCAUAUUAAACCUCACGGAAAUGUACUGCGUCAUGGGUAUAGGAAACCACACCGCCAGAUGCAUGACUCCCUUUGAGAGACCAUGUAUUAUACUGUCGAUAUGUGUGUCAGUAGUGUGUUUCCCCAAAAUUAUGUGUGUACUUACUGAAUGUAUUUGUUGAGUGUGUUGUAGCUCUGGUCCAGGGUGUUAAUGUGCGUUCAGGGGUAUUAGUGAGUGCACACACUAACGCACUGGACCAGAGCUAAGUGUGUUGUAGGUAGUUGAUGGGUGUGUGUGUUGAUUGUUUGUGUUGUGUUUUCUCUCAGACAACUAUGAGGACCAGGUGGCCCACUCACUCCCCAGCGUUGCCACGACGGCGGUGGGCGUGUCCAUAUUCCUCCUCACCACCACGGCCUGCUUGGUGAUCAAGUCCCGCCUUUUCCCCUGUCACUCACACAGGUAAGCGCAUAUGACUGGCUCUUAUCCCUGUCACUCACACAGCUAUAUUCAUACGACUGGAUCCUCUAAAGCAGUGUGGUCACUACUAACCCUGGUCCUGGAGCAUUAGUGAAUGUAGGUUUUGUUCCAGCCCAGGACUAACACACCUGAUUCAGCUAACCAAGGUCUUGAUGAUUGUAAAUUGGUAAUGUAUUCAGAAAUACACUAUACUACUACUAUCUGUCAGGGAAUAGAGGAGGGUUUUGGAGAGAGCAGGGUGAGAGAAACAGGGAAUUACAGAUGGACGGAUAUGUAAAAUAGAAGAGGUUGAAUGAAGGAAAAACUGACAGAUGGAGAGAGAGAGAAAGGAAAAAGAGGUACGGAGCAUUUAAGUGGCCACGAGAGGGAGGAGAGAUGAAAGAGUGAGAAAGAGAGGGAUGAACUGGAGAGAUAGAGAGAUGGGGCGGCAGGUAGCUUAGUGGGUAAGAGCAUUGUGCCAGUAACCGAAAGGUCGCUGGUUCUAAUCCCCGAGCCGACUAGGUGAAAAAUCUGUCGAUGUGCCCUUAAGCAAGGCACUUAACCCUAAUUGCUCAUGUAAGUCGCUCUGGAUAAGAGCGUCUGCUAAAUGACUAAAAUGUAAAUGUAAUGAUUGGUUGAAUCAGGUGUGUUGCUCUGUAGGGAUGGUUACAGCGCUGUAGUGGCAUUGUAGAGUAGAGGCUUGGAAAUGCAUCACAUUCUGUAAUGAAAGCAUCUUUAUAAUAACCUCCCGAGUGGCGCAGUGGUCUAAGCUGUGCCACUAGAGAUCCUGGUUCGAAUCCAGGCUCUGUCGUAGCCGGCCGCGACCGGGAGACCCAGGGUAGGGGAGGGAAUGGCCGGCAGGGAUGUGUGUGUGUGUGUGUGUGGUAGAGUAUGGCGUUUGCAACGCCAGGGUUGUGGGUUCGAUUCCCACAGGGGGCCAGUAUGAAAAAUAAAAAAUAAUGUAUGCACUCACUAACUGUAAGUCGCUCUGGAUAAGAGCGUCUGCUAAAUGACUAAAAUGUAAAUGUUAUAAUCUGAUGAGUGAAAGAGGAAGAAGAGAAUUCAGUGGUUUGAUAGGCAUCUUGUUAUCAUCAGUGGUGGGUGUUUCAUAGCUGUAGUAUCUGUUAGAUUGUAGAUAACUCCACCCACUGUGUGAGUGCUGUGUCUUUGAAGUGAUCUGAUCAUCUCUCUACUGUUGUUCAGCAGGCGCUCCUCUGACCAGAUGGAUCUGAUGGUGGAUGGCCUGCCUGUGUCUCUGCCCACCUAUGAGGAGGCUGUCUACGGGAGCUGGGGGCAACACCUGCCCCCCUGCAGAGGGCCCACCCAGCUCCUAUUGGCCCAGGAGUCUCUAGGUCCAUCAUUAGCUCACAACCAAUCAGAUUACAGUCACUGUAUCCAUCCAUCCAAUCAACGCCCCGAGAUCCUUCCUCCCGCUUACGAGGAGAUCCAAUCCCGUCAGAGUGAGGUGGACGUGCAGGCCUUACAAGUUGCACUUUCCGAUGAUAAGGACAUUUGAGUGACUGGCGUAUUUGUGUUACCCACCAAUGAAAUGUAAAAUCAUGUGCUCAGGCACUUAUAUGGAUUCAAGCCUACCAGCAUGGAUCCACUUUCUUAUCAGGUUUCAACCUUAUACAUAGCACACCAGUUCUGAUUGGCUGUUUGUAAUGUUAUGAGAAGUAUCCUGCCAUGGAGACAUGGUUUAUAUCCCAUCAGUGAUGGGACCAGAGCCUCGUUUGUUGAGGUGACUUUGGUAAUGCCAUUACUGUUACAUCAUAGGGACCUGCACAUCUCUAUUGUGACUGAUUGAUUGUGCACUAUGGGUAAACCCAGCUGGUGAGAGUGGAAAUGGAAGUUACUCUCCCUCCUUUCAUUUUUGUUGGUUUAUGAUUUGAGAUAAUGGCAGAAUUGUAGCGUUGAUAUGGAAACCAGCAGGCGACUGGACAGUGGACACAGAGAUCACGUGCUGGUCAGUUUAGGAGUUAAAUCUGUGUUCGCUCUCCCCUGAAACAUAUUUUGAGUUCUAGCUACAACCCAGUCCAAUUUUGACUGGCAUUUUUGGGAAUGGUGACAGACUGACCACAUGGAAGCGUUUCACUUCCUACACCCACCAGGCACGCACUUGACACCCUCCACCAUGCCAAGCAUACCCCACACCAAGUUUCCACCAACCCCUCUCUCCUCCACCGCCCUGUUCCCACCUUUCAC